AUGCUGCCAGAAGUUUCCGAUAAAAAGCCAACCACCGGCGAGGUUAAGAUAUCAGAUUCUGAAUCUAUAGCCAAAGGCAAAUCUACGGAGGAUGGCUUCUCUGAGGCUAAACUCGUGUCUGAAGUUUCAGCAGAACGAAAAGACAAGAAGGAAGCAGAAGGAGAGCAAAAUAUCGAACCAUUAUCAAAUGUGACGGAAGCAGAGGGCCAAGUUAAGAAGCGUCCUUAUCCAAAAGCGGUCUCCUUUAUCACCGGCAAUGAGCUUUGCCAGAGUUUCUACAUCUAUGGCCAGCGUACCAUUCUCGUCCUGUACCUGACCCAUCAACUCCUCUAUAGUGACGACGACGCCACUGCCAUCUACCACAUCUGUAUCAUGCUUACUUACUUCCUCUGCCUGUUUGGUGCAAUCAUCUCUGACAGCUGGCUUGGAAAAUUCAAAACGAUCUCUUAUCUCUCGCUUGUCUAUGUUGUCGGGGCAGCAGUGCUUGCUGUCGGUGCUGUGCCUCCGCUAAAUUUGCCCGCCAGGACGAUUACAUUCAUCGGUCUGGCGUUAAUAGCGCUGGGCUCGGGCGGCAUAAGACCGUGCGAAUCUGCUUUUGGUGGUGACCAGUUCAAGCUACCCGAACAAGUGAAGCAAUUGACGAUAUUCUUCUCGCACUUAUACUUUUCAAGAAAUGUUGGUGCACUGACUGCGACCAUAGUAACACCUAUUCUGCGUGAAAAUGUUCAAUGCUUCGGCGAACAGGAAUGCUAUUUAUUGGCUUUUGGCGCACCGGCUAUCCUCAUGGCUGUCUCGUUAUUUAUUUUCGUACUUGGCCGCCCAUUAUAUAAAAUUAUCCCACCAGCGGGCAAUGUGGUGGUGUUGGUCAGCAAAACUAUUGGUAACGCCAUUGCUACAAAAUGGAAGGAGAAGAAGACCAAUCCUCGUGAACACUGGUUGGACUAUGCGGAUAAGAAGUAUGACCGUCAAUUGAUUGAAGAUGUGAAAGUGCUGAUGCGUGUUUUGGUACUCUAUCUGCCGCUGCCUGUAUUCUGGGCGCUUUUCGAUCAGCAGGGCUCACGUUGGACUAUCCAGGCAACCCGGAUGGAUGGCGACAUGGGCUCAUGGGAUAUCAAACCCGAUCAAAUGCAAAUCUUAAAUCGCGUCUUGGUUUUGCUAUUCAUACCACUUUGUGAACUUGCAUUCUAUCCUUUAAUUGGCCUCGUCGGUAUUCGUCGUCCUUUACAAAAGCUGACUUUGGGUGGAAUAUUCGCCGGCAUAGCUUUCAUUGCUUCCGGCUUGCUCGAACUACAAUUAGAGAAAACUUAUCCCGUCUUGCCCAGCGCCGGAAAUGCUCAGCUUCGUGUUUACAAUGGCGAAUUGUGCGACUAUUCCAUUACCACCAAUUUGACGAAUUUCAACUUUGAUGUGGCCUCACUCAAUAUGUACAAGAACAGCACAGACAUCGGCUCGGAAGGUUUCCUAUACGUAAGAUUCGAUGUUACCAGCAAAAGUGCGAGUUGUGAUUCAUUCGCCAGCCAAACUUUUAUUUUCAACUCCUCAACCAGCCACUAUUUGUUUUUGAACUCAAACAACACUGCACAACCUCUGGUCUGGGGAGUGGACACAAUCAGUAAACCCAGUCGGGGCUAUCCGCUAGGACGUACAUUAGCGAAUGUAGAGCCGAGUCGCCAAAUUGAUUGGAAAAAUAAAAAAGGCGCAAUCCAGCACACCGAGCCAGCCAACUUGCGAAACAUAACGGAACUAAAGUCGGGCACUUAUCAAAUAUUAGUUGAUAAUGUUGAGAUUGUCAGUACAUAUCUCAAAGUUGGUGGCAUUUACACGAUUUUAAUAAACGAAGAUUCAUCAGGACAAUACCGAAAUAAUGUCAUAGUUGUAACGGAGCCCAAUUCGAUAUCCAUUUUCUGGUUGAUUCCGCAAUACGUUAUUAUGACCCUCGGUGAGGUGAUGUUCUCCGUGACUGGCCUGGAGUUUUCAUAUGCACAGGCGCCACUGACAAUGAAAUCAGUAUUGCAAGCUUGCUGGCUACUUACGGUGGCUUUCGGAAAUUUAAUCGUCGUAAUUAUCGCGGAACUAUCGCUCUUCGAUUCACAGGCGGAUGAGUUCUUCCUCUUUGCCGGCCUUAUGUUUGUUGAUAUGAUUAUUUUCAUAUUCGUGGCUUAUCGGUACAAGCCGAACUCGGUAGCGCCGAUUAACGAAAGCGAGCUGUGCACGCCACCAGAAAAAAACGAAAAGGAUGGCAUUGAUAAUGUGGCCAAGGCGAUUGAUGAUUAG